CCCAUUCUGUUGUUUUCCUGUAUUUCUUUGCACAAUCUCCGUUUAAAUCACUUGGCUUAUAGAAUGACAAGUCAAGGAAACUUUCCCCUCUUUUGUGGCAGCAACAGUGUUAAAACUUAAUGUUUAAUCUAAUCCUCCUAAGGGAGGAAGGUAGUUUUGGUGAGGAGCGUGCCUGAAAGACAUUUUUGUAGAGGUAUGGUAGAAAGGCCACUGGGAGCCUACCGUAGGUAGCUGCUCCAGAGUUGUGAGUUCCGUUUUCAAUUUCUCUUGGAAACCUAUGGGCGGAGGCCAGCGCCUGGAAGUGCAGAGCGGCACCGCAGCCCUGUCCAUCAAAGGACCCGGCCGGGGUCUGUAAGCCCCUUUCCCCGCCCACCUAUCAUCUGGUCGCGCAUGCGCUGAGCUGGAGGGCCGGAGCGUUGUCGGCUGGGAAAUGGCGGCCGCGGGCUUGGUAGCUGUGGCCGCGGCUGCAGAAUACUCUUGCCCAGGAACGUCGGGAGGUAACCUCUCGGCUGUUAAUUGCGGCCCAAAUUCCGGGGCAGGCCCUGGUCCUGGCCCGGGCUCGUGGAGCCGCUCCCUCGACCGAGCGCUGGAGGAGGCGGCGGUAACCGGGGUGCUGAGCCUGAGCGGCCGGAAACUGAGGGAGUUUCCCCGGGGAGCGGCCAACCACGACCUGACGGACACCACUCGGGCGGAUCUGUCACGAAAUCGCCUCUCAGAAAUUCCCAUAGAAGCAUGUCACUUCGUUUCUCUUGAGAAUCUCAAUUUAUACCAAAAUUGUAUUCGAUAUGUACCAGAGGCAAUUCUAAACCUACAAGCGCUAACUUUCUUGAAUAUUAGUCGGAACCAACUGUCAACAUUGCCGGUACACUUGUGUGAGUUACCAUUAAAAGUUUUAAUUGCUAGUAAUAACAAAUUGGUCUCACUUCCAGAAGAAAUUGGACAUCUCAGACAUUUAAUGGAACUUGAUGUGAGCUGCAAUGAAAUUCAAACAAUACCUUCCCAAAUUGGUAAUUUGGAGGCCUUGAGAGACCUUAAUGUAAGAAGAAAUCACUUAGUACGUUUGCCUGAAGAACUAGCAGAGUUGCCUUUGAUAAGGUUAGACUUUUCCUGCAACAAAAUUACAGCAAUUCCUGUCUGUUACCGGAAUCUCAGGCACCUGCAGAUGAUCACCCUAGAUAACAAUCCACUGCAAUCUCCUCCUGCACAGAUAUGUAUAAAAGGCAAAAUCCACAUAUUUAAAUACCUGAACAUGCAGGCUUGUAAGAUUGCUCCAGAUCUGCCAGAUUAUGAUAGGAGACCCAUGGGUUUUGGCUCCUGCCAUGAAGAACUGUACUCAGGUCGUCCUUACGGAGCGCUUGAUUCGGGUUUCAACAGUGUUGACAGUGGUGAUAAGAGAUGGUCAGGGAAUGAACCUACAGAUGAGUUUUCAGAUCUGCCUCUUCGAGUAGCAGAAAUUACCAAAGAACAAAGACUACGAAGAGAAAGUCAAUACCAGGAGAAUCACAGCAGUUUAGUAGUAACAAAUGGUGGAGUGGAACAUGAUCUGGAUCAGAUCGACUAUAUUGACAGCUGUGCUGCGGAGGAAGACGAGGAAGAGGUGAGACCACACAAGGGCCUGGACUCAGACAGCCUCAGUUCUCAGUUUAUGGCAUAUAUUGAACAACGGCGAAUCUCUCAUGAGGGUUCACCAGUAAAGCCAAUACCCAUGAGGGAAUUUCAAAAAACAGAAGACAUGAGAAGAUACUCACAUCAAAAUAGAGUUCCAGCUGAGCCAUCUUCUCUCUUAUCACAAUCACCAAGUCACAAUCAGUUUUCACAGAUGGACCUGGAACUUCAUCGGAGAAGAGAACAAUUAGUAGAACGUACUCGGAGAGAGGCACAACUUGCUGCCCUGCAGUAUGAGGAGGAGAAAAUAAGGACCAAGCAGAUUCAGAGAGAUGCUGUCCUGGACUUUGUCAAGCAAAAAGCAUCGCAAAGUCCACAAAAACAACACACCCCCUUAGUUGGUGAGUGUCCCUUCCCAUCCAGAAGGUCUCAGCACACUGAUGAUAGUGCCUUGUUAGUGUCGCUGUCAGGUGUGAAUCAAGUGGGUUCUGCUGCUACCCUGCCUCAUGCUUCUGCCUUCAGGCCUCUUCAGAAUGAUGACAGAUCUAAUGCUGUAUCAAAUUCACCUACAACAGAAACAGCUCAUCAUUCCUCUGCGUAUUCUUUUCCUGCUGCUAUCCAGAAAAACCAGCCCCAGCGCCCUGAAAGCUUCCUUUUCCGAGGAGCUGUCAGGACAGAAACAAAUAAAGGUCAUGCUUCACCCCUCCUUUCAUCUUCUGUACCAACCACUGAUUUCAAAGAUCCGGUAACAAGACAGAAUUCAAGACAGAGAGAAGAAGAGCUAGAAUUAAUAGAUCAACUACGGAAACAUAUUGAGUACCGGUUGAAGGUAUCUCUGCCUUGUGAUCUUGGAGCAGCUCUAACCGAUGGUGUCGUUCUUUGCCAUUUAGCCAAUCAUGUGCGGCCUCGAUCUGUCCCAAGCAUUCACGUUCCCUCACCAGCUGUACCUAAAUUAACAAUGGCAAAAUGUAGACGAAAUGUGGAGAAUUUCCUAGAAGCUUGCAGAAAAAUCGGUGUACCUCAGGAGCAAUUAUGUUUGCCUCUCCACAUUUUAGAAGAGAAAGGUUUGAGCCAGGUUGCCGUGACGGUCCAGGCUCUCCUGGAGCUUGCCCCACCCAAGCAGCAGCAGCAGCAGCAGCACCAGUUAUCUGCUGUGUAAGGACUCCCAGCACCUUGGGCAUUGGCCUGGCCAAAAUGGAACAGGACAGCGUGACUGCUGCUGCCCGCCAUCUGCUUAACAAAGCGCUUAUGUGUUCUUAAAAGGGACUGUUUCCAUGAUUCCUGACAGGAAUAUUUUGCUUCAUUUCUCCAUUUUAGGGGAGGUUAUAUCAACUUGCUUUGAAUUGUUUAUGAAGACAUGGUUGGUUUUCACAAAUGAAACUUCAUUACUGAGAACCCAACACUGACAACCAGCCUGGCUGUGCUUUUCUAGAGUGGGCUCUUUUAUAUACUGCAGACUGACUUCUCGGAAGGGUAUUUGGCUCUCUGGCAGGCACAGACAUGCUUUUAUUUGUACCUGUUUCCAAGCCCUCUGGAAUCCACAGGUUUCUAACAUGGUUGUUCAUUAGAAUCUCCUGGAGAAUUUGUUAAAAUACAAAUUCCCAUCCAGAGGGUCUACAGUGAGCCUGGGUAUCUGCAUUUCAACAACCAUUCCAGGUGUUCCAUGUAGUGAAAACCAUUGUUCCAAACUAGAUAUUUGUAUAAUUUGGGGGAGUGAUGACUCCACUGUGUUUCUCUGCCACACUGAAGAUCAAAAGCUAUAUUAUACUUGGACUGUUCUGUCCAAAAAAAUGUAAACACUCCAGAUUCUGCAUGGUGAACCAGUGAAACAAAUACUGUGGUAUUUAAGGCCAGUGUCCUAGGUCUCCCCCUAGCACCACUUAGAGGCUGGACCCUAUAUCAUCCCAGUUAUUCUAAUCAAGCACUCUACACACAGGUUCCAGAUCUUCAGGCUGGUAGCAUGUGGCACUCGGCAUCCUGUGUGUUGACUUCUCCGAGCACACCCCUUCUCCCCUCCUCCCAUGCUGCUACCAGGAUACCUGGAUCUGUGAACAUCUUCCAUUCACACACAGCAGAUUCACUUCCAGCUCCCCAAUUAACGGAUGACUAUGAAAAUAAAGGAAAAGCCAAAUUUCUUAUAUUUCUUUCAGCUAACGGCCAGUUUCCAUAGCUGAAUUAAAGCACUUGUAGCAUUUUAAAACAGCUGCUGUCUUCAUUCUACCAGUGCCUUAUUAACUAAACUGUGAGUGCAGUAAAAUGACCCAAGGCUCAGACAACACAAAACCUUUAUUCACAUCUAAGCCACUUGGGUCUUUUUCCCCUAUAUUUUGAGCCCCUUUUAGUGGUUACUGAUAUCUUCUGGUAUUCACUGCCUUUGUAAACCAAGUAAAUAGAGUAAGUGAAGAUACUAGUUAUCUAAGUUUUUUCCUGUUGUUAAUUGUUCUGGAGUUUCUUUACCAGUGCAUGCAUUUAAGCCUAAGUCCUCUCUUUUUUUAUCAUGUAGCAGCAUUUAAAAGUAACUUUGGAUAAAGUCAUGUUGUGUAUCUGGUCAAGGUAAUGUUUUCUCCUUGUCAUCACAGGUUUAACCUUAUAUAAUACAAAACAUCUGAGCUCAACGCCCAAUCCUUCAGGGUCUUUACAAAAGUACAAUGUAUUUUAAGUGCUUAGAGCCAGACUCCAUUAUAUUUACAUUUCCAAACAGACCCACCAAUCAUACAGCUUGUUUAGAAUUUAACUAUAAGUAUUUUUACUUCUAGUCAAUGUUAAACCUCAGUAUAAUCUCCAGAUUAUAGAGAACAGUUUGAAAUGAAACUCAGCAAAGGCCACUAUUUGUCACAUAUUAUGUAAGGAAUAAUCCCAAUCAACAUACACAGUGCAACAUUUGGAACAUUUGUGACUAAUUUUCCCAUGGGACUAAUUGGACUUUUUAAUUUAUUUCAAAUUCUGUACUUCGCAUGAAACCUUAUUCAUAUAUUUUACCAAACUAAUUCAAAUUUAUGUUUGAAUUGUUAGAAAAUAUUUGUGUACAGUUUUGGUUAAUAAUGAAAGAAAAAUAUAAAAUAUAUUAAAUGUCUUUUCUAUGUCAAGAUGCAAAACAAGUCAUGUUGGAAAAUUUUUGUACCCAGUAUUUUGUAUGUACCUUUUUUCUUUUUUUUAAGCUGGAAAGAAAAUUUAACAGUUAGCCUUGCUAGACUCUAACAUAAGCUGAAGAUGGCUUUGUAACACAUCCACCUGACCAUUUAUGAGCUUCCUCCUGAAGCAGCGAGCGUCCUGACACUGAGGAGUGAAUGGAGAAGAGGCUGAGUGCCCGCCCACCAGGGCCCCUGCCAGCUGCGGAGACUUUAAGCCAGCAGGCUUCUGGGCUUUGAAACUCAUACUAGGUUAGCACUCCAAACAGUUUUCUCUGGAAACAACUCAUGGGAGGAGGGGCCUCUGUAUUUGACUAGAAUAGAGUAGGACACUUAGUAGCUGUAGGUCACUUUCCUUAAUAGCUUUUGAAAAUAUAGUUUCACAGCUAAUCAAGGAGUCUGAUUUCUCUACUUGGUAACAGUCCAGCAAUGACUAAUGAUAGAUGACUGUGCUGAUGAGUAUGAUGAAUUUUUUAAAACUAAGCGCUUAAAUGGUUAUAGAAAUGAAGGAAAACAUGGAUAUUUAGAAACUUUUUAUAUACAUAUUGCAAUAAGAUGGUUUAUAGCAGAUUUCAUUUUAUUUCUGAAAAUGUUAUAAACAUGUAAUUAGUAAAAAAAAAUUUUGUAAAACACUGUCCUAUAUUUGUAUGUGUGUAAAUAUAAUGCGUAAGUUCUAAGAAUAAAUAUGUCAGUAUCAUGUAUGUUAUUUUAAAUUGCCUGUAUGCCACUUUACAUAUUAACAUUAAAAUAAAAGACAACACUUCAGUAGCAUAAAAUUAAAGGCUGAUGUGAAAAUGUU